UUGUCAAGUCAGUCUGCGUUCCACAUUUAUGGAGAAAGCGCGUGGUAUUUUCUCUCGAACAAAUGUAUAAAAGUUUUUUUUUGCGUUUAGUUUAAAUUUCAAUUAUUAAGACUAUAUUUGAAAUAAAGUAUGAAUAAAUACAAAGUAGUGUUGUGUUAUUGAACUAACUGUGGCAAAUCGAAUAACUGUACUGUUUGAAAAGUAGAUUUCUUGGAAAGUUGGAUAUUAUUAUCUUGGGAUUCGGAUACUUGGCUUCAGUAUGUGGGUUGCGUUGUCGCUGGCGGCGGUGGCAGCGCUGUUGCCAUGCGCGCUCGGCGCUGGCUACUGCGCCACGGACACGCUGCGCACCAACACCACGUGGAUGCAAUUUACCAAGGAGCCUGUCUCCUUCGAGUACGGCUUCCAGGACAAGUUCAAGAGCAUCCAUUGUUGCGUCAAAGGCUACAGGAGUAUCGAAUGGUUUAAGGACGGCGUCGCGUACCCGUGGUCCGCGGGCGUGUCGAAUUUGAUCCUGUACCCAGAGGCGGCCAACCAGACUCUGUACACACGGCGCGCCGCCCGCGCUGACUCCGGCAACUACACCUGCCGCCUCAGCAACGAGACACACAGCGAGACGCACACCGUGCGACUUGACAUACUAGAAAAGCCGACAGAUGCUCCGCGGACGAUGUUCAUCUCCAAGGACCAGUGGGUGGAGGAAGGGAGUGAGGUGCGGCUAUACUGUGAGGCGCUCAUCGGGCGAUCGUACUUGGCGGACGCACGCAGUGACCUGCGCUGGUGGAAGAUGUGGCCAAACGGCACUGAAGGCGACCUGCUGCCCACACAGCAACAGCACAAGACUGUUCGUGACGAUGUGGAGGACAUAAUCGGCGCGUACCUGGUGGUGGAGCGUGUGACUGCGCAGGACUACGGCACCUACGUCUGCCUCGUGCAGGCCAACGACUUCGUCUCGCGCAGCUACGUCACCUUGCACUAUAAAUGUAUGUAAACAAUUAACAAAUGUUCCUCCGGC